AUGUGGGCUCUGGGCACGACUGUCUCUUUUGUCUCCGUGUUUCCCGAUCCGGAUGCGCCUGGGUUUGAUCCCGGAAAAUAUUUGAAAGAGGGGGUGGAUGAGGAAGCGUUGAGGUGGGCGAGGAAGCAGUUUAGGGAGAAGUUUCAUCCGAGUGUGGGGAAUCCGGAGAGGUUGGAUCGGAGGGGGUUGAGAGGGUUACUUCCGUUUUCUGACAAGCCGAAGGUUAAGUUGCCUGGGGAGGGUGAAGGGAGCGAGGAUGGGAGGGAGCAGGAUCAAGCGAAGGAAAGUGGAAGUGGGACGAAGCGAAUCACCAGACCGCGGGUGAUAGUCAUCGGUCACGAUUGGGACGUCUUUGCUGAGCAUAACGAAAAGACCUACGCUGCCGAGCAGUUCUUCUCACACGUGGUGCACACCCCCGCUCCACAUUUACAGGGCCCAAUGUCCGUCCCCAAAGCUGUCAUAAACGGGUACAUGAACCCGGCCUGGCAGCGGUAUAACGAGGGGUUGACCCGUCUGGCGGCGGUUGACAGUGAGAGUGACGAGAAUGAGAGAUGGGAUAAGCUUAUGCUCACUCGGAGGAGACUGCGGUCUACGCCAAAGCAUCUUCGCAAGGAGCUGGACGAUCCUAACAUCCACGCCUACUUUAAGGCGAGUACUGUUUACGGCCCGAAGCCGCAGCCGGGUGAGGUGCCUGAACCUAACUAA